AUGGAAAAUAUUAAUUGGAGAAUUAGAGCACGAUUAAUUUAUUUAAAUAGUAAAUAUAAAGGAUUAUUAGAAUAUUUAAAAGUAUUUAUAGAAGAAUAUAAAAAGAAUAAAAACUAUUUUGAAUUAUUUGAAAGUGAUUUAGCACUAUUCCUGGAUAAAGAUCGUUGUGAAGAUGAAAUUAGUAUUAUUAGAAAAUCAUUUAAACCAUUUUGUGAAGAAAAAAAAUGUGUUUUAACAGAAACUAUUUAUUAUUGUAUUUCUAUGGCACCAGAUGGAGUUACUUCUCCAUUAUUAGGUGUUUUAAUGAAAGAAUUAGAUUUAAUGCAAGCACCAAUUAAAUAUAAUGUACUUAUUUUUAAUUUAUUUUAUAAACAAAUUCCUCCAUAUAUUUCUACUGAACAUGAUCAAUGGCUUGGAAUUAAAUCUCCUAAAAUUUCAUCAAGAAUUCAUUUUAAUAUCUAUACUUAUUUGAUUGAUUCUCUACCUCCAAAUGUCCUUAUUCCUUUAUUACAGAAAAGUGUUCCAUGUGCAGCUACAGAAUAUUUUAGUCUUCGAUUUAAAGAGAUGGGAUUAAGAACAUAUCAACCAAUUCUUUCUACUAGAUUUGAAACUCAAUUAAUAAGUACUAAGUGCGUUGUUUGUGAAAGAGUAAUUAAAAAUGGUGAUAGAUUCAUUGUUAAAAAUGGUAUGUUUUAUCACAUUCAAUGUAAGUAA